AUGGGCGGGCUUUUAAUCCAUGGGCGAGGAGUAAUCAAACUUGGUACACCAGAUACCUCCCAGAGGCGCAAAUUCACCUAUGGAAUAUCCAGCAGCGUCGCGUCCUGGAUACGAACGAUCGCGCACGAGCAGGAUCACGUAUCUAUAUAUCCCCCUUUUCCUCCGUACGGAGGAAAGACAAGAGCAAUAGAACCAGAAACAUGUUGCCCUCACCUUACCUACCUCCUAGCUGUCAGAGCCCAUUCAACACCCCGCUUCAAACAUCUCUUCGUGAAUAACAAUCAAUAUACAAAGUCCUCGCUAGAAUUCCGGACAAAGAAGCGGGGACUAGAGUUAUGUAAGAACUCUCAUUUAAACAAAUGUCAAGCUUGUAAAAUCCGUGUCGGAGUUCUGUGUAAAGGAAAGGAAACCCGAGGUCAGCAGGGAAAAUGGGCAAAAUGCAUAGAUUGGUUUUGCGCAAAAAUGAAGGAAAGUGAACAACCGAGAGCUAGGGAGAUUCUGUCUAGAAAAACGAAGAGAAAAGAAUUCAUCAAUUACACCAAAACAUGCUCCCGCUGCUCACUAUCUUUUACAACCAUUUACUCCGACGCUUGCUACUGUCUAGGCUUAUCAGGAGGAAUCACGUUCUCCCAACCAGUAACUCAUAGUAACAAAAUAUUCAUCCUUUCAAUUGACGACGCAACAACCCACGCCCAAAGAUUUGCUAGCAAAUGA